AUGCAGAUACUGUCGAGUAUUGCGCUGGCGGCAAUCCUUGCUACCAGUGCUACAGGCCGAUAUACCCUACAACCGAACGAAGAAGCAGCCUUGAGACUGCUGGCACGUGCCCUACCAAACUCGCCCGAAGGAUACACACCCACUGAUGUCUCAUGUCCCUCGAACCGACCAAGUGUCAGAUCGGCAGCAACAUUGUCACCAAACGAGACCUCUUGGCUGGAGUUGAGGCGAAAUAACACAGUGGACCCGAUGAGAGAGCUGCUUGGACGUGUGAACAUAGAAGGUUUCGAUGUCAACGGAUUCAUGGACAGAGUGUCCUCGAAUGCUUCAGAAUUACCAAAUAUUGGCCUAGCCUUCUCUGGCGGCGGAUGGAGGGCCAUGCUGAACGGCGCUGGGGCCGUGAAAGCAUGGGAUGACCGGACAGAAAAUGCUACGGCACCUGGCAGACUUGGUGGUUUACUCCAGGCAUCAACGUAUGUGGCAGGCUUAUCAGGCGGCUCAUGGUUGGUCGGAUCGAUUUAUGUGAACAACUUUACUACUGUCACAGAUCUGCAAGCAGACACCUCAGGAAGUGUUUGGGAGUUCAGCCAGUCGGUCGUGGAAGGGCCUUCCAGCGACGGCAUUCAGUUGUUCAGCACUGUCGACUACUACAGCCAGAUCAACUCUGCAAUCCAAGGGAAGCGAGAUGCUGGAUACGAUGCUAGUAUCACCGACAUCUGGGGUCGUGCUCUCUCAUACCAGCUGAUAAAUGCCACGGACGGUGGUCCGGCCUACACUUGGUCUUCGAUCGCGCUCAAUCAGGAAUUCCAGCGAGCCAACCAACCAUUUCCAAUCGUCAUUGCAGACGCGAGAGCCCCUGGUGAGCGCAUUAUCUCACUCAACGCCUCAGUCUACGAGUUUAACCCCUUCGAGAUGGGCACUUGGGAUCCAACUGCGUUUGGUUUCGUCCCCACGCAAUAUCUGGGGACGAACAUGACCAACGGCUCGGUCACCGACGAUGCGGCCUGUGUUGUUGGGUUCGACAAUGCUGGCUUCGUCAUGGGCACCUCUUCAUCCCUCUUCAAUCAGAUUCUUCUCAAUCUCAAUUCGACCGGCAUCGAUUUGCCCGAGAGCAUUCUCAGCCUCAUUCAAGGCGCCUUGCAAGGACUCGACGAAGAUGAUAAUGAUAUUGCGGACUACUCACCAAACCCUUUCUUUGGCUAUAGAUCAGGCGAGAACCCUGACGCCGAGCAACAGCGCUUGACAUUGGUGGACGGCGGGGAAGAUCUGCAGAAUAUUCCUUUCCAUCCACUGAUUCAGCCGGAGCGUCACCUCGAUGUCAUCUUUGCUAUCGAUUCAUCUGCCGACACCCCAACCACUUGGCCAAACGGAACCAGCAUGGUCGCAACAUACGAGCGAACAGCCGGAGAUAUCGCCAACGGCACUGGCUUCCCAUCCGUGCCUUCUCAGAACACAUUCGUCAACCUCGGACUCAACACCAGACCUACCUUCUUCGGCUGCGAUCCGAACAACAUGACCGACGGGCUAAAUGUCCCGCUGGUGGUGUACAUCCCGAACGCACCUUAUGUGGCGUACUCGAACGUCACGACGUUCACGCUGAGCUACAACAACACAUACCGAGACGCCAUUAUCGCCAACGGCUACGACGUCGCCACCAUGGGCAAUGCGAGUGUUGACUCGACGUGGCCGACUUGUGUGGGGUGCGCUAUUAUCUCUAGAAGUUUGGAUCGCCAGGGGGGUGACGUGCCUGACGUCUGCCGGACAUGUUUCCAAAAUUUCUGCUGGGACGGCACUGUUAAUGAUACUACGCCGAAUGAGUAUCAGCCUUCGUUGAGGUUGGAGGAUCAGGCGCUCGAUGUGCAGAGCAGCGGUGGAGUCGAGAUGGGGAGGAGUGCGGUCGGUGUGGCUGCGCCGACUAAAUAUCUCCCCGGCACAACCGACAACUUUGCCACCAACGAACUCAUCACCUCCCCCAAGGACAACCUCAGCGCCAAACGAAUCUGGUCGUACCUAUCCGACAUAUCGACCUGGCACACCUACUAUCAAAAUUGCUCGUCUAUAACGCCACCGUCCUCCGGUCCGAAGUUAGAGAAGGGCGAUACGUUCAAAUUCAGUACGUUCGGAUUUCCCGUCCUGACAUGUCCUGUUCACGAGAGCGUGCCACCGUCGGAUGAUAAAGCUGGACGGAUUGCAUGGAGUGCGCAGUUGGGAAAGGAGGGAGAGGAGGGUUAUGUGGAUGUCUACCAUGCCUGGUUGGUGGAGGAUUUGGAGCGCGGGAGGGUGAGGAUCCUGACGCAGGAGAGCCAGAUUGGGGAGCCGGCGAAGGAGUUUGGGCUUUCUAUACCGAACAAGGUAUGUACGUCUCUGAACGAAUAA